GUGGAAAGUGACUUACAAAGAGAAAACCCUUCACGGGUUCUUCACAGCCAACCUUUCUCAGCCAAGCAGGACUAUUACUGAGGCGGCGUGGCAGGGUGGCUGACAAGCUGCCGAGACCAAACCUCGUCUUGCUCAAGCUCUUGCUCUCUCUGCUCCACCACAUCAGCCAGAAUGCCCAGACCAACAGGAUGGACUCCAGCAACCUGGCCAUCUGCAUUGGCCCAAAUAUGCUGAGCCCAGGGACGGAGAGCGCGCUCCCGCUGGAAGUGCAGAAGGAGAUGAACGACAAGGUGACAGUGUUGGUGGAGUUCCUCAUAAACAAUUGCUUGGAAAUAUUUGAGGAGGACAUUGCCUUCCCUGCCUGUGCCUUGGCUGAGGAGUCACCAGAGCACACAGACAGCUCCACAGGUGAGACGAAACUUGAAGGUUUCGAUGCUGGCUUCAGAAAUCUGUGGUGUGAAACGUCCUCUCAAUAACCAUUUUCAGAAGAGCAGAACACAUUACAGAGAACGUGACAUCACAAUGUGCACAGAUGCCUCGUAUAUGAUUUUAGCUGUGUUUUGAGUUUUGGGUUUUGUUUCAUUUCAUUGUUCAUUUACUGGAUAAUGUUUGCCUUACUGAAUUGUCAAGUUUAAAAAUCACAGGAAAAUCCUGCAGUUUUGCUUUUUAGAGCUGAAUUCAGAAGAGCAGCAAGUGAGGUGCACAGAGGGAGUGAGGAGGUGCUUUUCUGAAGAGAAAAUCCUCUCCAUUUUUCACCCAAGAAGAAAGAGGAGUG